CGCUAACAUCCAUGAACAAUUAUCAUAUGAGCUUUCUAGACAACAGUCAUGACCAUACAGGAGCUGGUGGAAGGCAGAAUAGACUUCAAAGGGCAAAAGACUGCGGAUGACAUUGUUCGCGUGGUACUCAUCACUAGCACAUUCCUCUCUUUUGUCAUUGGGUUUGCCUUCAGCUCUCUCAUGAUAACAAUGAGUACGUUCGUGCUCUGUACUGUAGCGCUGUCUCUGGUUGUCCUACCUCCUUGGCCCAUGUUCAAUCGUCAUCCAGUGACAUGGUUAUCCGAAUCUGUACAAGAACAGAGUCAGAAGUAACAUUCCGUGUUUAUUUUGAUAUUCUUACCUCCUGCGGCAGACGCGGGAAGCAGGACUUUUCUUGCUUCUGAUAAUCUAUUAUUGCAAAGAGUGAGUAAAUAUUAUUAAUGUGCUAUUUGUGCGCUUC